UAUAUAUAUAAUAUAUAUAAGUCUAUUUGGAGAGAUAAUAGUCUUUAACUCGUCGUUUGAAUGAAGAGAGAGUUUGGGAACUUUGUGAAGAGCUGGAGCCAAUAAUGGCAAAAAGCUCUAAAAGAGCAACUGAUUUAAGCAUAGAAACAAAGGUGUUAACAUCAUUGUAUUUCUAUGGACAUGGAGACUAUCAAAAACCUGUUGGUCGAUCACAUUUUGUCACUCAGCAGACAGUUUCUACUGUACUUGCAGAAGUUACAACAGCCCUUAAUUACAUCAGUUUCAGGAACAAAUAUAUAAAAUUCCCACAGACUUAUGAAAGUCGUCAGUUAAAAAGAUUAAGAUUUUUCAAUAAAUUCGGUAUCCCUGGUGUGAUUGGAUGUAUAGAUUGUACCCAUGUUCGCAUAGUAAGGCCUAAUGAGCAUGAAGAUAGAUAUUUCUGUAGAAAGAAAUUCCAUUCUCUAAAUGUUCAGUUGAUUUGUGAUGCGGAUCAACAAAUCCUAAGUGUUGAUGCGAGUCAUCCAGGGUCACUUCAUGACUCAUUUAUAUGGAGCCACCAUCCUGUAUGUUACCAUUUAGAAAAUUUAGGGUCUGAAGCAACAUGGCUUUUAGGUAACUUGGGUGCUCACAAUGAAGAACGAUGA